AACGCAGGAAUCAUCGUCAUCCCUCAACAUCUGCAAAGCUGAAAGAGUCCAAGCCCUCAAGAGUUUCUCCUUCGAGUCCCUGCUUCUCUUCUCCCUUUCUAAAUCCCCAACUCUCUGUUUCUCCAUUUCGUCUUCUUCUUCUGAUUCAUCUCCAUAUUCGAAUCCCUAAGUUUUUGUAAGCCCUGCUUCCAUAGCUUCUCAUAGUAUUUGAUGCUGGGAACAGUAUGCCGCUGAUAGUUUGGAGAAAUGCAAAGGUAUUAUGCUGCCAGCUGCACUAGUGCAGUGAAUAAUAGUGCAACAGGGGGUGGCUCAGCCAGGGAUAAUGCCCGAGCUCGCUCGUCUUCCUUACCACCUAACUUCUCAGUAAAUUCUAGGCGACAGUCACAGUUAACGGCAUACAAGUUGAAGUGUGAUAAGGAGUCGCUUAAUUCCAGACUUGGACUGCCUGAUUUUCAUCCCCAAUCUCAAAAUUGCCCUGAAGAGACUCUUACUAGAGAAAAUGUGCAUCAUGGAUACAAGGAGACUAUUGAUGGAAUUGAGGAUAAUAAGGAGAUCUCAUUGACUCAGAUUCAGGCUUUUAGUAAGCCUGUUGUUCUAAAGUGUCGAGAUGCAAUCAGGAAAUGUCUUAGAGCUAUUAAUGAAUCUCGUGCUCAAAAACGGAAGGCUGGUCAGGUUUAUGGUGUGCCUCUUUCUGGUUCACUAUUGAGUAAACCUGGAGUUUUUCCUGAACAAAGGCCAUGUGGUGAAGAUUUCCAGAAGAAAUGGAUUGAGGGUUUAUCACAGCAACAUAAACGCUUGCGUUCUUUGGCUGAUCAUGUUCCUCAUGGUUAUACGGGGACUUCAUUAUUUGAAGUUAUUAUUAAGAAUAAUGUUCCUUUGCACAGAGCAACUUGGUUUAUCAAAGUAACUUAUCUUAAUCAGGUUCGCCCUGGUUCUUCUGGAGCUGCUGAUAAAACUCAGUUAUCUCGCACAGAGCUUUGGACUAAGGAUGUUAUUGAAUAUUUGCAGCACCUUUUAGAUGAAUUUUAUAAGAGAAAUCAUUCUCAUUCUAAUCAACACCAUAGAGAUAAACCACAACAAACGCUUUAUGCUGGGUCAUUACAGCGCAGGAGUAAUCCGGCAUCAACAGUCCUUGAUGGUGAAGAGCCCUCCUUAUAUUUUAAGUGGUGGUAUGUGGUGCGGCUUUUGCAGUGGCAUAAUGCAGAAGGAUUGCUUCUCCCUUCCCUUGUCAUUGAUUGGGUUCUUACUCAACUACAGGAAAAAGAAUUGCUUGAGAUCUUGCAAUUAGUAUUGCCUAUCAUACAUGGAGUUUUAGAAGCUAUCACUCUAUCUCAGACGUAUGUGCGUACUCUUGUGGCUAUAGCUAUUCAAUUCAUUCGUGAGCCUUCUCCUGGGGGAUCAGAUCUAGUUGAUAAUUCCCGGAAGGCAUACACAAUAUCUGCACUGGUUGAAAUGGUUAGGUAUUUGAUACAGGUUGUACCUGAUACCUUUGUUGCUAUAGAUUGUUUUCCUUUACCACCCUGUGUUGUCUCCCAUGCAUUAAAUGAUGGAAGUUUUGUAUCAAAAGCAUCGGAGGAUAUUGGAAAAAUAAAAAACAAUUCAGCAGAAGUUGCCUAUGUUCUCAGAAGUAAUGGUAUUGAUUCUCAGUACCAAUCAUUGUCGCUUGAUCACCUUGUGUCAGCCAUUCAGAAACAUGCAGAUAAUCUUGCAAAGGGAGCAAGUAGUGGGUCUCCUAGUCAGGGCAUGGCUAAAGCUGUGAAGGCCUUGGAUAAAUCUCUACUACAUGGAGAUCUUAGAGAGGCUUACAAAUGUAUCUUUGAAGAUCUAUGUGAUGGAGACAUUGAUGAGGGUUGGAUUCUAGAAGUUAGCCCAUGUUUGAGAUCUUCACUAAAGUGGAUUGGCACUGUCAGCCUAUCAUUCAUUUGCUCAGUUUUUUUCCUUUGUGAGUGGGCCACGUGUAAUUUCAGGGAUUUUAGGAUGGGUCCCCCUUCUGACUUGGUCUUCACUGGCAGAAAAGAUUUUUCACAAGUGCAUGUUGCAAUUCAACUUUUGAAGUUAAAGAUGAGGGAGUUAAAAAAUCCACCUUCACAGAAGAAAGAGGGGAGCUUAGCAAUCAAAAAGCUUGCCAAGAAUAAUAAUUUUCAGAAUAACCUUUUGGCCAGUACUUAUCUGGAGAAUGAUUAUGAGGCCAAAUGCAAUGCAAAAAGUAUGGAUGGAAGAAUUAGUUCAGCAGACCUAUUUGAAAGCCCAGGUCCUAUGCAUGAUAUUUUUGUAUGUUUUAUUGAUCAGCAUGUAGGGCACAAAGAGGAAAGUACCACAUGCCUUCAGCUUUUUGUUUUGGAACUCAUAAAUUCAGGUAUCUUUUUCCCCCAGGUAUAUGUGAGGCAGUUGAUUGUUAGUGGAAUUAUGGAUACUGCUGACACGGGUAGAAAGAAAAGGCACUAUGGUAUCCUGAAGCAGCUUCCUGGGUUGUUUAUGCACAAUGCUUUGGAAGAAAAUAGAAUUGCUGAAGGGUCAGAACUUUCCGAGGCCAUGCAUGUUUACUCAAAUGAGCGUCACCUUGUCCUUCAGCAACUUCAUUAUGAUCUAUAUAAUCUGAGUGGUGUUCAUGCAUUGGUAAGGAAGCAAAAGCAUCAUUCAACCACCCGAAAGGAUGGUGCUUCCCAAACUUCAGGUGAUCAGUGGAAACCUGUUCGGUCAUCAUACAAUGCAUUGUCACCCAUGAAGGUCAAAAGAGAUGUGUACCUUGAAGAGCUGAAGGCUUCCAUCUCAACAUUGUUGCAAAUCCCUAGCUCAGCUACUACAUCUGCAGAUACUGGAGUGGAUGAAUCUCAAAGGAGUGUUAAGAGGCCAAUUGGGUCAAUAUACAACAAGAUGGAUCUGGUAGAAGGUACACCUGGCUGUGAAGAUUGUAAAAGGGUAAAGAGACAAAAAUCAAGUGAGGAAAAGAACUCUUCCCUUCUGUUACCUUCACUAAUUCCAUCUGAUGAUGAAGAUACCUGGUGGGUAAGGAAGGGCCCUAAAUCCUUGGAGUCUUUCAAAGUUGAUGCUCCACAUACGUCAACAAAACAGGUAACCCGGGGGGGUAGGCAAAAGACCGCGCGUCUUGCUCAAUUAGCAGCUGGUAGGAUUGAGGGUAGCCAGGGAGCCUCUACAAGCCACAUAUGUGAUAAUAGUAAGACUAACUGCCCCCAUCACAGAACUGAAGUAGACACUCUUAAGUCAUUGGAUGGGAUCAGAAGUGCCCAUGCAGGAGAUAUGGUUUCAAUUGGAAGGGCUAUUAAGCAAUUACGCUUUGUGGAGAAGAGAAUCCUUACAGUUUGGUUGAUAUCUGCAGUUAAGCAGCUUGUUGAAGAAACUGAGAAAACUGUAGCCAAGGUUGGCCAGUAUGGUAGGCCUUUUGUUAGUGCUGAUGAGAAGAGCCCUUUAUGUUGGAAGCUUGGUGAGGAUGAGCUAUCUGUUAUACUGUAUCUUUUGGACAUUUCAUGUGAUUUAGCUUCAGCAGUCAAGUUUCUUCUUUGGCUGGUGCCGAAGGUUCUUAAUAAUUCAAGUCCUACUAUUCAUAGUGGGAGAAGUUUUCUUAUGCUGCCUAAGAAUGUGGAUAACCAUGCAUGUGAAGUGGGGGAAUCAUUCUUGUCAUCAUCACUCCGAAGGUAUGAGGAUGUUGUUUUUUCAAACGAUCUUAUUCCCGAAGUCUUGUCAGUUAUAAUGAAUCGUGCCGCAGCUGUUAUGGCAUCUACUGGAAGAAUUUCUAGUUCAGCAACCAUAAUUUAUGCUCGGUACUUGUUGAAGAGGUAUGGCAACAUUGCUAGUGUCAUUGCAUGGGAGAAGAAUGUCAGGGCAAAAUAUGAUAAGAGAUUGCUUUCUGAACUUGAAGCUGGACAGUCUCUGGAUGGAGAAUUUGGAUAUUCACUUGGAGCUCUGGCUGGAGUUGAAGACCUUGAUGAUUAUCUCCGUCAAAAAAUAACUAGUGGAAGGUUAUCCAGAGUGGGUUUGAGCAUGCGGGAUGUGGUGCAAAGACAUCUUGAGGAAGCCUUCCAGUAUUACUUUGACAAGGAGAGGAAACUCUUAGCUGCUUGUACAGCAAAAGGUCCUGUAUUAGAGAAAUGGGAUGAUGUUUAUCAGAUAGCUCAGCAAAUUAUAAUGGGGCUAAUGGAGUGUAUUAGGCAGACUGGUGGUGCUGCUCAAGAAGGCGACCCAUCUCUGGUUUCUUCUGCUGUUUCUGCCAUUGUCAGUAAUGUAGGCCCAUGUAUGGCAAAGAUUCAUGAUUUUACAAGUGGCAGUAAUUGUUCUAAUUAUCAGUUCUCUGUGAGUUUAUUGAAUUUUGCUAGGCGCAUUUUGCGAAUCCAUAUAACUUGCUUAUGCCUACUCAAGGAUGCUCUUGGGGAACGUCAAAGCCGAGUCUUUGAGAUAGCCCUUGCAACAGAAUUUUCUUCUGCUCUUAGUGCGGCAUUUGGCUCUAGAAAGUCUUCUAGGAACCAGUUUCAACUGUCUCCUGAAGCUCAUGAUUCUAGUGCAAACAUAUCCAAUGAAAUUUUGAACAGUUCUGCCAAAGCAGCAGUUGGAAGAACAAAAAUGGCAGCUGUUUCAGCACUUGUCAUUGGGGCUGUAAUUCAUGGGGUUACUAACUUGGAGAGAAUGGUAACUGUCUUAAGAUUGAAGGAAGGGUUGGAUGUAGUUCAGUUUGUAAGGAGUACCAAAACCAAUUCCAACGGCAAUGCUCGCUCGGUUGGGACUUUUAAGGUGGAGAGCUCUGUUGAACUUUCUGUGCACUGGUUUAGACUGCUGGUUGGAAACUGCAGAACUGUCUGUGAUGGACUGGUUGCAGAACUUGUGGGUGAACCAUCUAUUGUAGCUCUUUUGAGGAUGCAGAGAAUGCUCCCCAUUAAAUUGGUCUUUCCUCCAGCUUAUGCAAUAUUUUCAUUUGUUAUUUGGAAGCCAUUCAUUUUUAGCAGUAAUAUUACUGCCCGUGAAGACAUUCAACAACUAUAUCAGUCUUUAACUAUGGCUAUUGGUGAUGCUAUAAGACACUUACCUUUUCGAGAUGUUUGUCUGAGGGACAGUGCUGGUUUCUAUAACAUUGUAGCUGCAGAUUCUACUGAUGCUGAGUUUGCAGCCUUGUUAGAGUUGAAUGGUUUGGACAUGCAUUUGAAAUCCUUAGCCUUUGUCCCUCUACGUGGAAGGCUAUUCCUAAAUGCAUUGAUUGAUUGCAAGAUGCCAAACCCUUCCUUUCAUGAUGAUGGCACUCGAGCUUCUGGACAUGCUGAACCUAAGCCUUCACAUAUGGAGGGCAACUCAAAGCUUUUGGAUAAGCUUGUUCAUGUUUUAGAUACACUGCAACCAGCAAAAUUUCAUUGGCAGUGGGUUGAGCUGAGGCUGCUCCUAAAUGAACAAGCACUCCUUGAAAAGAUGGAGAAUCAUGAUGUGUCGUUAGUGGAUGCUAUCUGUUCUUCCUCACCUAGUUCUGAGGAAGCUGCUGCUUCUGAGACUGAAAACAAUUUCAUUCAGAUCAUCUUCACUAGAUUGUUGGUCAGACCUGAUGCUGCUUCACUUUUCUCUGAGGUGGUUCAUCUUUUUGGGAGGUCUUUAGAAGAUUCUGUGUUGAUGCAGGCUAAAUGGUUUCUAGCAGGCCAGGAUGUUUUGUAUGGACGAAAAACUGUUCGACAACGUCUUAUUGAUAUUGCUGAACGUAAAGGUCUUUUGACUAAACCUCAGUUUUGGAGGCCCUGGGGUUGGUCUUAUUCUAAUUUUGAUCCUGCAACAGAAAGGAAGGAGAAGAAGAAGUUUGAAGCGACCCCUUCAGUGGAAGGGGAAGUUGUUCUUGAGGGAAAGGAAUCAAGGAGGCAUGUGAAGGGAUCUGCUCAUAUGGAUGCUGAAGGCUACAAUGUCACCCAGCAGCAGGUGACUGAGAAGGCUUUCAUUGAAUUGGUUCUUCCUUGCAUUGAUCAGAGCUCUGAUGAUUUGUGCAGUACCUUUGCAAGUGAACUAAUCAAGCAGUUGAGUACCAUAGAGCAACAAAUAAGUUCUUUUAUGUGUGGGUUAACCAAAACAGCUUCUUCUGGAUUUGAAGGUUCUGGUAAUAAGGGCAAAAAUCGCAAAAGUAUUAGAGGUAGCAGUCCUAGAUUGGCACAACGACAUAUGGGAGUCAUGGAUAUUGCUCCACCAUCCCCUGCAGCCUUGCGAGCUUCCAUAUCGCUGAGGUUGCAGUUUGUUAUCAGACUUUUGCCAAUCAUAUGUGCACAUGGGGAGCCAUCAGUGCGAAGCAUGAGGCACAUGCUUGCUUCUGUGGUUCUUCGUUUGCUGGGAAGUCGGGUUGUGUAUGACGAUGUUGACGUAUAUUUUAAUCUGAUGCCAUAUAAGAGGGAGGGGGAGCUGACUAUGGAAUCUUCUGCUGCAUCUGCUGAUAUGCCUGGGGAAAGUCUUUUUAAUUGCCUAUUGUUGGUCCUGCAUGGGUUGUUAAGCCGUUGCCAGCCAAGUUGGCUAAGUUCAAAACCUGCUACAAAAUCAACCAGUGUAUUUUCCAAAGAUUUUUCUGGGUUCGAUCGUGAGGUGGCAGAGAAUUUACAGAAUGACUUGAAUCGGAUGCAGUUACCUGAAAUCAUCAGAUGGCGCAUUCAAACUGCAAUGCCAAUACUUUUUCCUUCUGUCCGCUACUUCAUUUCAUGCCAGCCACCAUCUGUCCAACUUGCUGCUCUUAGUUUACUUCAACCUGGCAUCUCUGCUGGAUUCAGCCCUCAAAGAUCUGUUCCUUUGGCAAGAGCGACAAAUAGCAUAGCAGGAAAGUCUAAACCAGUGCCAUUAUCACAGGAUUGUGAUACUGACAUUGACCCAUGGACACUUUUGGAAGACGGAGCAGGGUCUGGCCCAUCUUCAAGUAACCCUGCUGUUUUAGCCAGCAGUGAUCAUGCUAAUCUCCGAGCCUGCAGUUGGCUAAAGGGAGCUGUGAGGGUCAGGAGGACAGACCUCACUUAUAUUGGUGCUAUAGAUGAAGACAGCUGAUUUAAGGUUAACUUCAUUUUUGAGUUGGUCCAAGGGUAGCACAUCCCUCAACAGUGAUCCAAAUGUUCAUUUAUGGUGCACAACUGGCACUAUAGUCCCAUCUUGGGGUGGGGAGGUGGGGUGGUGAAGGAGAGAUAGAGAGAGAGCUGUUAGGGGUGCCAUUUUGCCAGUUGGUCAAUUGGGAUAGAGGGGGGAUGAGGGUCUUAGAGCGCUGGGAGAAGAAAUGGCAAAACUUGGUAAGCUAGCCCAUCUAGGUGGAUUGUGAUCCUGCCCUCCUGCGGAAGUGCUUAACCUUUGCAAGACCUCCCACGUUCUGGACUUCGCACUUCCAGGUGCGGUUCAGAGGCUUGUUGUAUAUAUAGUGAUAAAAUUGUUUCGAUUUACCAAUUGAUCCGAGUAAGAUAUCUCGAGAAUGAUAUGUAGCUUUUUCAUUGCUCGGCUCGUGCUCUCCACCUUCCAUACAAAGGGAUGCAUCCACAGGACGCAUGCAAAGGCAUCUAAUCAUUUAUGCAAAUUAUGUUAAGAGUGUUGAAUUCGUAUAUCAUGCGUCUGCAUGCGAGGGCGGAAGUGAGAAGAGUACGGUAUCAGUUUUUUGCAUGACAUCGUACACUGAGAACUUUAACAUUCUACUAGAUUUUGGACGAUUAUAAUCCUAACUUGGAAGAAGUGAGUAAUAAUUUCAAUGAUAUGGUCUAAUAAUAGAUAUAUUGAAUG